AGUCCCCCGUUCGGUGCUUUCUGCUUUGCUCUAUGCACUGCUCUGCUUCAGUGAGCGUUCAACCAUCGUUUGGGAAGCAGUAGAACUGCGCCCGUCGUGCGAGUGUGUGCCAGCGUGCUUGCGUGUGUGCGGUCGGUAGAUUUCUGUAACAGAAAGAACUUUCUUUCUGACGAUCUGACUGAUGGUGCGACUCUUUUGCUUUUUUCGAUGAAAAUAUUCAUUUAUAAACGCGCGUCUGUGUGGUAGACGAAGUGUUUGCUCAGAAAAAGUUAUUUGUUUACCAAAAACGCGUGUCAUAGUGGUAUGUAUGUUACUGUAGGCCGGUUGAUUGGUGAAUUUAUUGGAUUGUGCUUGAAUAGUUCAUGGAGGAGAUACUCCGAAUUUAAAUGUUCGAUCGCAAAUGUAGUAUGAAAAAAUUAUAUAGGUAAUAUUGAUGUUUUCAAAAAUAAUUAUAUUACAGCUGAAGUACGUUUUUUAAAAUAAUAGAUAGCUGCAGUGAUUCAUAGUUGUUUAUUAUUGUUAUCAAUGGGAACUGUUCGAGGUGUGUUCGAGUGAUAGCAAUUCAUUAUCGAAGUGCUAGUUUGACUAUUGAAACUGUCGUUUGUUUCCAAUACAUUUAUCCAGAAAUUGAGAAACUAUGACAACUGAAUCUAGUUUAUUCUUCAAAGUUAAUGAAAACUAAAAAACACUCCAGAAUAAAGAAACGAUAUUUUGGGUGUUUACAAUCAAUGUGACUGUUGAAUUUGCUUCCUUGUUUGAUGGGUCCAGAAUUAUUAUUGUUGAAAAAUUGGGAGAUUGAAAUCCAUGACAUUUAAAUUUAUUCUGAACUAAAUAUAGUAGUUCUGAAGCUGCACAUAUCUUCUGCAUUAGACUUGCCAAUAGUUUGAUAUUUAGAAAAGUGUUAAAAUGACAGCGUCCACAUCAUCAGCAUUGGAGAAUAUUGUUGAAGUUUUGCCAUGUCCAGGAGAGGAGCCGUUAGCGGGGUACAGCGGCGAAAGGGUCACCAAGGGGGCACUAGCGACUGCCAGCCGUCAUCCACCCGUACCCGUCACAAGGAUUCCAACCCGGCUCGGACUGACCACGCUCACCAGAAUGGCCAAGCGACCCGCUGUCGACAUCGAGUUCCAGGACCUCUCUUACACAGCUGGUCAGUCCUCUAUUUACACUUUCUUUUUUUGCCUGAGAAUAAUACCACAAACAAAUGGAGUGUCGGGAAGUAUUCUGACGAACGGAUUUCCACGACAAAUCAAGCUGUUUAAUAAGCUGUCUUCGUACAUAAUGCAAGAGGAUCUACUACAGCCAAACCUCACAGUCAGGGAAUCCAUGAUGAUCGCAGCUAGACUCAAACUCGGAAACGAAUUGUCUGACAGAGAUAAGAAUGCUGCAGUGCGAGAAAUCCUUGUGACGUUGGGCUUGACUAAGUGUGCGGAUACAUUCACAGACAGACUGUCGGGUGGCCAGAGAAAGAGGGUGUCCGUGGGACUCGAACUCGUCAAUAACCCGCCAGUUAUAUUUUUAGAUGAACCAACCACGGGUCUAGACAUAGUAGCCAUCAAUAACUGCAUAGAACUGUUGAAGGAGCUGUCAAGCCAGGGCAGAACAAUCGUUUGCACCAUUCACCAGCCGACUGCUUCCAUGUUCAACAUGUUCGACAAUGUGUACAUGCUUGCCAAGGGCCAAUGCAUCUACCAUGGCACUUCACACCAACUGGUGCCUUUUCUUAGUAAUUGCAACCUCGACUGUCCUGCCACCUACAAUCCAACUGAUUUCGUUUUCGAAGUUUUGGAAUCAAAUGCAGAAUUUAUCAAAGUAAUGAACUCUGAGAUACAAAAUGGUAGAGUCAUCUGGUUGGAUCCAACCGAUAAUCCUGAGCCAAAGUCAAAAUUGUGUAGAAAAGAUACACUAGCUGUUAUACCCAAUGUUAUUGGCUCGGAUAGUGCAAUACACUUCCCGACAACAUUUUUCGAACAAGUAACGAUAUUGCUGAGAAGAAUGAUGAAACAGAAAUGGAGGAAUUCGACUGCCAUGAGGUUGCAGAUGAUCCAUCAUUUGUUUUCUGGACUGAUUGUUGGUUCCAUAUUCUAUGGAAUUGGAAAUAACGCCAGCAAGCCGUUUGAAAACUUCAAAUUCGUUCUUUGUGUUGCUGUUUUCUUCAUGUACACACAUGUUAUAACACAUAUCUUGACUUUGCCAAAUGAAAUCAAAAUCAUGAAAAGAGAGUAUUUCAACCGAUGGUAUGGACUCAAAGCCUAUUUCACGGCGCUCACCCUUCAUACAGUUCCUACUACCAUAAUUUUGGGUAUGAUAUUCAACACAAUCGUAUACAUAAUGGCGGAUGAACCAUUAGAGCUGCCCAGGUUUAUAUGGUUCAGUUCAUUCACAAUCAUGGUGGCUCUUGUCUCAGAAGGACUCGGAGUGCUCAUCGGAUGUAACUUCAACUGCACUAACGGAGCCGUAGUGGGUCCAUCAGUAAUGGCACCAAUACUUAUGAUCGCCAUUCACGGAAUGGGGUACGGAUUACACAUAAAGCCGUUCAUGAAGAGUCUGAUGAACAUGAGCUUCAUUCGCAUAGCAGUGGUGGGCAUAGUGACGAGUCUCUAUCAGAAUGGGCGUGGCCCGAUGGAGUGCAAAGCCCAGGUGCAUCCCUACUGCCACUACCGCGACCCCUACAUGCUGGUCAGGGAUCUCGGCAUGACCAAUCAGAGCUCGGUCAAUCAGAUUAUCGGCCUAGUCGGCUUUCUACUCUUGUUCAGGAUGGCCGCCUUUUUGACUCUCAGGUACACACUCAUGACUGACAUUAGAAGUCAAGUGUUCGCCUAUACUAAGAAAAUAUUCAAACGCAACAAGGAGAAGCGUAUGUUGUUGUCUGAUGAGAAGUAGAAAAAUCAAUCGUUAUCAAAAAAUAUUGGAGAGUUGCACAACAUCAAAACUAUACAAUUAAUUAUUAAAACUAUUUAAAAAUGAAAGCUAUUUUUAAAAUUAUGUCAGAGGAUAGAAAUAAGAAAUAUUUCCACAUUAAAUCAAGUGACAGUAGAAUAUUGCACCUAUACAGAGUACAUUACAGUAGAGCACCAAUUAUCUGGACAUCGGUUAUCCGGACGUCCGCUGGGUGAAAAAAUUGACAUCCCCUAAAAACCCAACCUAUUUGUAUUUCAAGCGGUCCGCCGCAAUCAAGCACUACCUCCGUAGACAAAGCCAUAGUGCAUGACAGGUGGUUGAUGGUAACGUCAGCACAGGUAGGGCUCCUACUCCAAUAAAAACACUAGCUGAUAUAGAUCAUCUUAAAUCAACAAUUUUUCAUUGGUGUAGGAGCCCUACCUGUGCUGACGUCACCAGAAUGCACUAUGACUUUGUUUAUGGAGGUAGUGAAUCAAGUUGCAGUACAAUAUUUUAAUUCACAAAAUGUUUGCAUUACUCUACCUUGAAUCACACAACAUAGAGCAUAUUUAAACUAGAAUGCAAAUGAAAGAUGAGUGCAUCCAAGUAUUAUUACAUACUAAUGAGUAGGUACUGUAGGCCAGAAUGCGCAUAGUUUUAAUUAUGUCUACACUCAAGAGCUAAGAUAAAAUCGAGUUGAAUCGAUUAUCCAGAUUAUCAGUUAUCCGGACACUGUCAUGCAUCAAUUAGGUACUCCGGAUAAUCGGUGUUUUAUUGCACUUCUUCGGGAUAUAAAGAUGUUAUUAUAUACACAAUUAGUUUUAUUGAUGAGAAGACCCUUUAAGAAUACGACUGGCUAAUUAAAUUCGCUAUUUUGAUAUUGUUUUAAAAAACAAAAUUAUCAGUAUUUUUUUCUUUUUACAAUGUUGAAGGGUAAGGUAGGCGAAUUACUUUCAAACUACACUACUAUUAUACGCAUUAAUACAGAAUAUGGUGUGAAUGGUAUUUAUAUUUUUUACAAAGAAUAUAAAAAUGCGUACGUCUACGAAUUUACUCUCUUCGGUUUAAUUUCCUUGGCACUUAUAUCGAGAAAACUGGAUUAUUUCUAUCAGUUUAAUGCAUAAUAUAAUUUUUGUGAUUUAAUGAUAAUAAAACCAGAGUAGAGUUUUCACAGUUUCAUGAUGUUGGAUGUGUAAGCAAUGACAGUUUUGUUUUGGUAUCUUGAAUGUUAGUGUCACCUGACUGAUGCAUUCGCAUUACAAUAACAUAAUAGUGUCAAUUCAAAACAACCUGUUCAUUACUACUGUAAUGUUGAUUACUUUUGCAUUGGGAUUAAUUAAAAAACUAUUCUCCCUAAGAAUCAAGUCAAAUGAAUCCUAUGGAAUCAAUAAAAUAGUAUUAAUGUGUCUUAUGCAAAACAUUAUUAAGAAAGGAGACAACAUUUUUACUUUCCUUGCCCUAUUAACAUAGGUAAGGAAAGUAUUGCUUUCCGAGAAAAAUUAAGGUACCACAAUUUCUAAAUUUCUAUACGUUUCAAGGUCCCCUGAGUCCGAAAAAGUGAUUUUUGGGUAUUGGUCUGUGUGUGUGUGUGGUGUGUGUGUGUGUGUGUGUGUGUGUGUGUGUGUGUGUGUGUAUUGUGCGUCUGUGUACACGAUAUCUCAUCUCCCAGUUUACGGAAUGACUUGAAAUUUGGAACGUAUGUUCCUUACACUAUAAGGAUACGGCACGAACAAUUUCGAUCAAAUGCAAUCCAAGAUGGCGGCUAAAAUGUUGUCAAAAACAGGGUUUUUUGCGAUUUUCUCGAAAACGGCUCCAACGAUUUUGAUCAAAUUCAUACCUGAAAUAGUCAUUGAUAAUAUCUAUCAACUUCAACAAGUCCUAUAUCUGUAAAAAAUUCAGGAGCUCCACCCCAUCCAUGCAAAGUUUGAUUUUAGAUUCUCAAUUAGCAGCCUUCAUAUACAAUUUAAACAAAAACUUUCAAGUGGAAAAGAUUGAGCAUGAAAAUCUCUGCAAUUAAUGUUCAGUAACAUUUCCACCUAAAAUUGAAAAUGAGCUUGAAAUUCCAAAAAAAUGUGAUAUUAAAUUGCAAACUGUUAGCAAUUAUUGGUUCUAUUAAAUCAUUCACUACGAAGAGAUAGCAGACCUCAUGUGUCUCCAGCGUUAUUGUCCUAUCACCAGCUGUCUCAUAUCUUUGAAUAGUAGAUUUGAGAUGCGCGAGAAAACUGGCGUAAGGUGAUAAAUUUUCAUAACGGCAAGGAAAGUUGUGUGAGUGCGCCACACCAGAUUUUUGUAAAUAAAGUGUGUGUGUGUGUGUGUGUGUGUGGUGUGUGUGUGUGUAUGAGUAUUUUUAUAUUUUUUGUUUCCUUCAUUAUUAUUCCACUGAUUGUUAGUUUUAGAAAAAUAUUACAAGAAUUCCUGCAUUUAGGUACACUUUGCUUGAUAUUUAUAAGAUGUACUGUAUUGUUGUUUCGAUGAUGUUUUAUUUGAAUUAAUUUUAAAUGGUUAUAAAUAAUGCCAUUGAAGAGAUGUUUGUUCUUUGUAAUUAUAUUUAUUGCGUUCAAUUAUUGAACAUUAUUUAUGUACGUGUUGUAUUUAUAAUCUAACUAUACCAUUAUAAAUGCUUACUGAAUUAAUAUUUAUAACGGUACACAUUUAUCUUAGCUCAAAUACCAUUCUAAUAGAAUUUUCAAGAACUUGAGAAAUAUGUUAAUUAAAAUGGCAUUGCUAGGAAGCGCAACAGUAUUAUUAGAACAUGACAAUGUACAUAACUAUUUUUCAAAAUAAUAUGUAAAAAAUAUACAUGAUGUUUUUUUAUGAUUAUCUUGAUGUUUCGGCUGAAAGCGUAAUUGUAUUCAAAAUGUGUUUUAUGUACGGUAAAUGCCAACAAAGAGUAUCACUUGAAGACAGAUAGGCCUAUGAUAAGAAUUGGUAAGACUCAUGAAAAUAUCGAACAGCUUUUACUUCCGAAACUAUUAACUAGAUUUAUUUGGAAACGGGCUACACAAAUUGUAUAUUUCUAUAAUCUAUUUCUUCUUAAUUGCAAAUUGUAUAAUUUUUUUAAAUAAUAUUUAUGAUUUGGGAUAUUCAUUAGAGAUUGAGUUUUGUAAAUUAUUUGUAAUAAUGAUGUCUAUUAUAAUGUUUCACGGAGAUUAUUCAAUCCGACUGAAUUUCAAAGCACAUUACAUCAACUUGAACACUCACUUCCAAGUAUUUAAGUAUUUGUGCAAUGAAGUUUAGGAACUUAAAAUAAUGAUAAAGUGAUUAACUGUGAUAGUGUGGUGUAAAUAUCUAGGGAAUUGAAAAAUAUCGUUGGAAUUGAUAUUAACGAAGAUAAGAACCUGUUUUCAUCAUUCAAAAUCAUCAUUUUUAAGUUGUGAGAGGUGUAUUAGUAGUAAUCAAUUAGGUACAUUUUGUGAUAGUCCUAUGAUAAAGGUUUUUAUAUAGUGUGAUUGUAAAGUUAUGCCACCAAACGAUGAACGUUUUUAGCUUUAGUUUGCGCAGCCUUUCAAUCACUCUAUAUGCUUUGUGUAAGUUCAAGAAACUUUGAAUUAGAAAAGUUGAAAGUUUACUAUUAGAAGCCUCGUCGGGAAAAAAAUUAUUAUAAAAUUUUAUUGCGAUCCUUCUCAUCUCGAACUUCUUCAUCAAAACUCAGUUGAGUUUUGUAAGUUGUAUUAACUAUAUUGUCAUUGAAUAUAUUCAAUAAGUUUAAAAGAUCCGCAAAUGGAGGUUUUAGACGAAUCAUCAAUGUUUGGAAGAAUAUUAUUGAAUGUCUAAUUUAUUGCUGUGUUGAAAUUCAUAUGGAAAAUUGAUGAUAGGUCAAUGAUGUAUGUAAAAUCUACUAUGUAUUACAAAAUAAUUAUAAUACAGCGAACAAUAAUUAUUAUUAUUUGGUUAUAAAUUUUGCCUCCAAAUAGAGUAAGAUAGGAUGGCUCAACAUUAUUGCAUACUUUACAUUGGAAGACCUAAAAUAUUUCUCAUCAUUUAUAAACUUAAAAAAUUGAGUAAAAUUAUUCGUUUUUGUUUUCAAAUAGUGUAAAGUCUAGAGAGGCCUAAAUUUAUUCAGAAAGUUUUUUGUUGAUAAAUUUUUAAUGUAAGAUUAUCGAAAAAAUACAUGAAUUGUGAAAUUGAAAUUAUUGCCGUAUUCAAUAAGGGAUAAAAUCUACUGAUAUGGAUUCAAUUGUACCAUGCUUUUAUUCCAAUCAGACAAGUUUUGUAUCUAUUCUAACUUACUGAUCUCAUAAUAGAUUUGUGAGAUGUUUUCAGACGUCUAUUUAUGGAAUACGGUUGUACUUUAUAAAUAAUUUUCAUUCGAAUAAAUUUUCUCAUGAAUA